CAGAAAAAUCGCCACACAAUAUUCUUAGCGAAACAUAUUUCGCUAACGGGGAUGUGAGGUUCUACUCAAGCCUGAAGAACAUCGAUUUUGUUGCCUUCAGUAAAAUCUGUGUUUUUCAGUGUUUAUGGUAAACCGUGAACAGAGUAGACGCUCUAUGGUCUGCAAUCGCUUCCUUAUCAGUCCGGAAGUAAAUUGUAGAACGAAAAACGGACAAUAGGGGUCUAGUUUGUAUAAAUAGUUUAGGUAAUUAGUUUGUGAUCUUCGCCACAUUAUGACAGCAGUUAACGGGCUAUGUAUUUGUUGUCAUGAAUAGUAGUAGUUUUCUAUUUUUCAAUUGCAACUUAAGUGGUCAGGUAGCGAAAAUGUCGAGCUAUGUUGCUUUCCAUACACGUUUAACUUCCAUCAUGGAUCAAUUAACUAAAGCAGCCAUAGCAGAAAUUUGCGGACUUGUAGAUGAUGGCUAUGCGCUUUUACACUUGGAACUGACUCGAAGUAAAAAGGAGGUAGAAGGUUUAAAGAAGAAAUUACAGAUGAUGGAGCCGAGGAUUGCGCGAGGCUCUGUGGAGGGAACUGGUCACUCCGGUGGUGAGGCUCCCAUUUGCAGUGAAAGACAUUUAGAUGAUGGUCUCUGUGCAACUGCAGAAGGAGCUUUUUCUGUUGGUUGUCGUAUGUCUGUCAGUGUGCGGAGAGAUAGAGAGCCUUCAUCUAUGGAUAAGGAAACCAUUCCUGUUCAAUCCCCGGGGGGCAAGUCUGUAGAAAUGGAGGAGGAAAGGCUGGAAAUGAUAAUCAUCAAAAAGGAAGGAAUGGAUGAGGAUGUGGAGACCAGCGACCCACAAGGAGGCCUAAACGUCAAUGAAGAGAGAGCUGUGGAAUUAGAUGGGGGUGAAAGGUCUCUCAUUGCAGAUGAACAGACUGCACCUGUAGUUGGCACAGAGGAGCUAUCUGAGCAGUACAGCAGCAGACACAGCGUUUGGGAAGAUGGCCCCCUGAGCCCUGUUCUCAAGGCAGAACCAGAGGAUGAGACCAUAAACUUCCAGCAUAAAGGAACUGAGCUUAAUACAGGAAGAUUGAACAACCUGGGCAAUGAGUAUGUUUUGUUUGAGAGACCCAGUCAGUUGGACACUUUUUUUAUGCGGGGCAACUCAGAAACAGAGACAGAGGGUCCUGCCUGCUCUUACUCUGCCAAAACCAGCUCGGAGAAGUUUCCAGGUCACUCAGAGCUACGGCUUGGUCCUACCACAUUGAAAGUGGGUGAUAAGAGUCUCUCUCUUGAUGGGAAACCAACUGUUUUACUGGAGACUGACUCAUUUGAAAGGGAGGCUGGGAUGAGCUCUGCAUGGAACAAAGAGACCCUUCCUGUUUAUUCACAAUACAGACGUAACAAAAAAGACUGGAGCACUGAAAAAUUGCAGUCGGAGAAUGUUACCAAUGUAUAUGGCACACAUGUGCAAAUGGCACCAAGACACAACACAGUGGUUCCAAAAUCAAAGGCACCAGCUAUGAAUAGAUAUGUACCUAACAAUCAAAGUUUUACCACAUCAUUAGGCAUGAAAGCCUAUCAUAAAGCUGGCACAAGAAAGAAACGAUUCAUUUGCACCUUCUGCGGAAAAGGAUUUCCUUCUCUUCACAACCUUGAAACACAUGUGAGAGUUCACACUGGAGAAAGACCAUUCAUUUGUGCACAGUGUGGGAAGAGGUUCACUCAGUCAGGUCAUCUGAAAGCACAUCAGAGUGUUCACACUGGGGAAAGACCAUACAUGUGUACACAAUGUGGGAAAGGAUUUACUGGAAAACAUAACCUUAAAGUGCACCAGCAGAGAACACACUCCUCAGAAUCCAAUGUUGGGUGAUCGUAAGCCCAAGGGUUUAUGAUUACGAUUUUAAUGAAUGACACAUUCAGGAUUUACUUGCUCAGAAUCUCUUUGGGGAAACAUCCAUUGUUUUUGCCCUUUAGUCAAGAUGUUCCCUGUCUAUGAGGUCAGUGCAGCUGAAGGGCUAGGAGGUGUGUGAAUAUAAUUUUCUUUGAUGUUUGUUUUUCAUGCCUCACAGAUGCCUCCCUGGCCCAGAGUGGGUCCUCCCAAGCCCUCAAACAUCUAUGUGUUCAACCACUGAGCCAGCUAGAUAUUUGUUCAUCACGUUAGUUUGGGAGAUAAAAUAGAAAUAGGAAAUAAUAGUAAAUGUAUCCAUUGGUUCCUUAGAGGUGUGAUAUACACUCACUGAGAACUGUACACCUACUUGUAAUGUGAUUAUCUAAUCAGCUAAUCAUGUGGCAGCAGUGCAAUGCAUAAAAUCAUGCACAUACGCAUCAGGAGCUUCAAUUAAUGUUCACAUCAACCAUCAGAAUGGGGGAAAAAAUGUGAUCAAUGAUUUUGACCAUGUUGGUGCCAGAGUAUUUCUGUAACUGCUGAUCUCCUGUGAUUUUCAUGCACAACAGUCUCUAGAGUUUACUCUAUGAAAAAUAUUUUUUUUUCAUUGAGUUUACUCUUUAAAUCACAUGAAUGGCGCAAAAAAGAAAAAAACCCCAGGGAGUGGAAGUUUUGCAGACGGAAAUGCCUUGUUGAUGAAAGAGGUCAAUGGAGAAUGGCCAGUCUGAUUCGAGCUGACAGGCUUUGUCAUGCAAUCAUGAUUGUGUGAUGCAAGCUUGUCAACAUGGAAAUAAAUGUUUUCAACAUCUUGUGGAAUCCAUGCCACAAAGAAUUGAGGCUGUUUUUAGAGCUACCCAGUAUUAGUACAGUGUUCCUAAUAAAGUGCUCAGUGAGUGUAUGUUAAAAUGAUCAAAAUAUUAUAUUUUAAAGGACCCAUACAGCUUGGUGUUUUUAGGAUAGGAACCUUCCCUAGCAGUGGGGGGAAAGAGACUUUAUGUGCUCCAGUGCUGCUUUAAGGACCGGUAGCUAAUACCUAUUUCUCACUCAAGCUGCUGCACUGUCUCCACAAUCCCUGAGCCAAUGCUGAGGAUGGGGAUCUUUGUCAAUGGGUGUCUGUGAAUGCUGAAUGCAAUAAAAGUAUGCUACUUA